GGCUUGUAGGCAAACCGAAAUGUCAGUCCAAGAUUCUCAUUUUGGUAAUUGAGUAUUUUUCGUUUGAUACCAUCGCUAAUGAGUUAUUUCUAUUUCUUUUCUGGCAACCCAAGUUGAUUUGAAAGUGAAUCGAAAAUUCAGAUUUUCUUGCUAUAAAAUGUUUUUCAACUUUCGUGCUUCAAUUUUCAACUUAAUAAAUCAAGCAAAGCGGGGCUAUGUCAGGAAAUGUUCUAUCAAAGAACUCAAUGCUGGGUUAACUAAGAAUUUGACAAUCAGUAGAAAUUUUGCUACAGAGAAAUAUUCGGAUUCACUGCCAGAAGAUUUGUCUAGUAUCCCGAUAGAGAGAAUACGUAAUUUUAGUAUUAUUGCACAUGUAGAUCAUGGGAAAAGUACUCUAGCCGACCGUCUUUUAGAACUUACGGGUGCUAUAUCAAAAGAUUCUCAAAAUCGGCAAGUUUUAGAUAGUUUACAAGUCGAAAAGGAACGUGGUAUAACGGUUAAGGCACAAACUGUAUCAAUUUUGCACAAAUAUAAAAAUGAAAAUUAUCUCUUAAAUCUAAUCGACACACCAGGGCAUGUGGACUUUUCAAAUGAAGUUUCAAGAUCGCUUGCAGCCUGUGAUGGUGUCAUCCUAUUAGUCGACGCUUGUCAUGGUAUUCAAGCCCAGACCGUUGCUAACUAUUAUUUGGCGAAAUCUAGAAAACUAUCAGUUGUUCCAGUAUUGAACAAAAUUGACAUAAUGCAUGCUAAUCCCGAACGCGUCAUCAAGGACUUGAAUUCAUUAUUUGGCAUUGAUCCUUCAGAAGUACUUAAGAUUUCAGCUAAACUGGGAACGGGAAUCCUUGAAGUUCUGCCGAAAGUCAUUGAAAAAAUAUCACCACCAAAUGUGAAUAGAAACACUCCAUUUAGAGCACUUAUAUUUGACAGCUGGUUCGAUAAAUAUCGUGGAGCAUUAAAUCUUAUUUACGUACAUGAUGGGUUCUUAAAAAUUGGAGAUGAAAUUCAGUCAUUUACAUCAGGAAAAUCAUAUCCAAUUAAAUCAAUUUCUCUUCUUCGUCCAAUGGAAACUGCUGUAACAAAGAUAUCUGCUGGCCAAGUUGGUUUAAUUUCUUGCAAUAUGCGAAACAGCAAAGAAUCCAUCAUUGGUGAUACCAUACAUAUAAAAACAACUGAAUGCACACCCAUUACCAGUUUUAAGCCGCAGAAGCCUAUGGUAUUCGCUGGAAUUUAUCCAUCUGAUCAGUCUAAACACGUUGUGUUACGAGGAGCUAUUGAAAAAUUAGUUUUGAAUGAUUCAGCAGUGACCGUUAGUUUGGACUCAAGCCCAGCUCUAGGACAAGGUUGGAGACUAGGAUUCCUCGGAUUACUUCAUAUGGAAGUAUUUUGCCAAAGGCUACAACAGGAAUAUUCCGUUGAACCUGUCAUUACAGCCCCGUCUGUGAUAUAUCGUCUAAAGUUAAAAAACCCCAAAGUUAUAAAGCAACACGGAAAUAAUAUAUUGGAAUUAUCGAAUGCUGCAUUAUUUCCAGAACCUCCCGAUGUUGAAGAAUAUUAUGAGCCACUUGUAAGCGGAACUAUAAUCACUCCCACAGAGUUUUUGGGAGACAUUAUUAGUCUAUGUGUUGAUCGACGUGGUGUUCAAGAAAGUUCAGUUAAUAUUGACAAUGACCGUAUUUUAAUGAAAUACAUCCUGCCACUUAGUGAGAUCAUUUUUGAUUUCAAUGAUCGCCUUAAAUCAGUAAGUUCAGGUUAUGCGAGCUUUAAUUAUGAAGACUAUGGGUAUAACAUAACAAAUGUUGUCCGAUUAGACAUUCUCCUUAACGGAAAGAAGGUUGAAGAGUUUUCUCGGAUAGUACAUUGUAGUAAAGCCACACUUGUUGGGAAAGAUAUGGUUGCUCGAUUAAAGGAACUUAUACCAAGACAAAUGGUUCAGAUCGCCAUUCAAGCAUGUGUUGGCAGUAAAAUACUCGCAAGGGAGACUAUUAAGGCUUAUCGAAAAGAUGUUACAGCUAAAUUGUAUGGUGGAGAUGUCACCAGAAGAAUGAAACUAUUAAAGCAACAAUCUGAAGGUAAAAAGAAAAUGAGGAUGUUUGCUAACAUAAGGGUACCGCAUGAAACUUUCAUAAACGUUUUGAAAAGAUAGCCAUAUCUAAAAUAAAUAAAUAUUGUAUGAAAAUUGUAA